AUGAGCCAUUUUGUGACUCUUCGUGUUUUUGAUGCCAAACUUCAGCCAACAGAAAUCGAGACCCUGGAUCUGUUGAGGAAUUGUUUGGUGUGCAAAUGGGACCUGCGGAGGAGAGAGCCCAGAAUGCUACCUUGCCUUCAUUCUUUCUGCAAGGACUGUCUUCCGGACUUGAUUCAAGGAUACAGCUGUAUUCCCACUGAGUAUGAAGUUCUAUAUGAAGGUAUCCUUUCCUGCCCUGUGUGCAAACAGACCUGCUUUGCAAGGGAUGUAGUUGAAAAUUUCUUUCUCAAGGACUUUCCCACUGGUAAUUCAGCUAUGGCAAAGAGCUGCUCCACGUGUAAAGAGAAGAGACCUGCUCACAGUCUCUGUACAAGCUGCAAUAAGUGGUUGUGCAGCUCAUGUACAGAGGAACACAGACAUAGCAAGGAAACUGGGGACCGCUUCCUGUCUGUAUCCCUGAAGGGCUGCACAGCAACUGAAGAUGAAGCAAGCGAGUUUUCCUUAUUUUGUCCAGUGCACACUCAAGAGCCACUCAAGCUGUUUUGUGAGACCUGCGAUACUCUUACAUGCCGCAGCUGCCUUCUGACAGAGCAUAAGGAACACAGGUUCAGACAUCUUCAUGAAGCUUUGCAAAAUCAGAGAGUUAUUCUGGAAAAUGUCAUAACUAAAGUGGAAGAGAAAAAAAAUGGGAUUCGGGUUUCAGCUAAACAGAUUGAGGACAGGCUGCUUGAAGUAAAACAUUUAUACAAAAAGGUAGAAAAUCAAAUAAAAAUGGCCAAGAUGUUUUUGAUGAAUGAAAUCAAUAAACGAACAAACAUCCUUCUUGAACAACUUGAAAAAAUCACCAGUGAAAGGAAGGAGAAAUUGGAGGAACAACUGCAAGGUGUUGUUGUUUUAAGCAGACAGAUAGAACAUGUGCAGAACUUCAUCAGCUGGGCAGUGCGCAGUAAAAACAGUAUCCCAUUUCUCUUCAGUAAAGAACUGAUUGUAUUUCAGAUCCAGCGCUUAUUAGAUACAAACUGUAACACAGACAUAGGCCCUCCUCUGAAGAUCAGAUUUACUUGGGAUCCCUCCUACUGGACCAAACAACUGUCCAAUUUGGGAGGUUUGACUAUGGAAGGUGGACACAUUUCUCACUCAGAUAUGCUACUCUGUGGAAACAUGCAAGGAUUACAGACCUCCUUGUAUCAUGGGCACUGUUCACCAGUAUCACAGCUGGAGCCUGUGAAUAGCCAGCCACAUCAGUUUCCACCUGCAGUUCAGUGUCCUAUGCCUGUGUGUUGCUCACACUGCCUUGGAGUACCUCACCCAAACAAAGCUCAACCUUCUUACCAAGACAUAAACCACCAUCAGAAUUUUCAACAACCUCCCGAACUGCAUCAGCAGCACUUUCCACUGCAGUACAGCAUGCAGCAACACGAUAAAGAGCAAAGGGGUGCCUCUCAGCCUAUGAAGCUAACACAGCCUAGGCUGGAACAGCAGUUGCGGUCAGAGCCAGAGAACAUGUCUGGGAGGAUGGGAAAGCACUUACCAUCCCAGCAGCUGCAGCAGACUUCACCCCUCAGUUAUGCAGUUGUAUCACACGAGACUCAGCAAGUUCACACGAGCCAUCCACAGCCAUUCCACACACAGGCUUCUUUGCAGACAUCAACUGUGCAAGUGCAACUUGGUCAUCUCCAGAAGAUAAAAUCUAACCACCUGCAGCAGCCACCGCAGCAGCAGCAGCUGCCACCAGCAUCACCAGCAUCAGGUCAGAAUGAGAACACCCACAAACAAGUCAUCCAGCAGAGCCUGGACAUAAUGCACCAUCAGUUCGAGCUGGAGGAGAUGAAGAAGGAUCUGGAGCUUCUUCUGCAGGCCCAAGGACAGUCCAGCUUGCAGCUGAACCAAGCCAAGCCACCUCAGCAUGUUCAACAGACCAUAGUUGGUCAAAUCAACUACAUAGUGAGGCAGCCAGCCCCAGUUCAGCAACAAAUCCAAGGUGAAGCACAAGUCUGUGAGGGUUCUACUGAACUUGAUGCCCAGAAGCCUGUAAUUCCUCUUGACAAAAGUGAUAGUCCCUCCCUGUCACAGUCACUAGAUGAAGAAGCCAGUGUCAGCAGUCACUCCCCUGAGAGCACAUUGCAACAAUCAGCUUUCCAUCCAGUGAGAAAGUGCUCAUCAUCCUUAAGCGUUGUGGACUUUUCAAACUGUUUAGAAAUGGAAUUACCUUCAACAAGGUUAUCUAGCUUGGUCGAUCCACAGAUGCAAGGUGCAGCCGCUGUAGCACCUGGGCCAUCCCCAAAUGCCCUUUGUGACUGUGAUACUCCACCGGAGUUGGUGCCUAGCUACAGCUUGGCAUUGGACAGAGCUCCAAGUGACCUGAGCCCUGGGGCUGCCUCUGGCCUCGCACCAGGUGAUGCACUCCAGGGCAGCGCUAAGUGCAAGCUGGAAAAUGAAGACUUCAGUACUGUAGAUAAUUCCCCAGAAAACAGCUUGGCUACUGCUGGGCAAGAUGUAGUUAAUGAAUUAACUCUUUCUAUGCAAAAAGUGCUGGAAGAACCUAUUAAUCUUUCAAUCAAAAAAUCUCAACAUUGCAGUUCUCCUUCUGAACUGAUCAGCAGCACUUCCUUCCUGCCUGUGAAUGCCAGAAUGAGACAACUUAGAAACAAAGAAGAUUCCAAUAACUGUGAAAAGGAACAUUUUGAAAUGGAUAUGAAAAGCAAUCCGAAUGUCAGAACUGGCCCUAAGGAGCAGAAGAUCCCCUAUGUGCGACUGGAACGUCUGAAAAUAUGUACAUCAGAAGCAGGGGAGCUCCCGGUGUUUAAGCUCCACCCACAGGACAAUGAGCAGGAGGGCGAUUUCCUUCUGCUAAUUGAAUGUGGGACCCAGUCUUCAAGUAUGUCUAUACAGAUAAAUAAAGAUAGUCCACCUGAAGGACUGAAAUCCAAAGAGAAGAACUCAGAGGACAGAAAGGUUCUCAUAUCCCAGGCUGCAGGACAGACACGAUCUCCUCCUGUAGAUACUCCGUUUGUUGAUCAGAAGCUCAGCAAUGGCAGCUCUAUCAUGAAAAAAUCUCCAAGUACUCAGGAAGUCAAUCCAAUUGAAAAUGAGGAUUUCUGUGCUGUGUGUCUUAAUGGAGGAGAACUAUUGUGCUGUGAUCACUGCCCCAAGGUCUUCCAUCUCUCCUGCCAUGUUCCAGCCCUGCUCAGCUUUCCAGUGGGAGAAUGGGUGUGCACGCUUUGCCGUAAUCCAGUGAAGCCGGAGGUAGAAUAUGACUGUGAAAACAGACGCUACAGCCACAGCUAUAAUGCACGAUGUGGCCUUGAUGACUAUGACCAGAAGAAGUGUGAAAAGCUGCUGCUUUCCUUGUUCUGCAGUAGUAUGAGCCUCCCGUUCCAUGAACCUGUCAGCCCCCUGGCACGGCAUUAUUAUCAGAUCAUCAAAAGGCCGAUGGAUUUGUCAAUCAUACGAAAAAAGCUGCAAAAAAAGGAGAAGUCCCACUAUUCUGCACCUGAGGAACUUGUGACUGACGUGCGUCUCAUGUUUUGGAACUGUGCAAAGUUCAAUUACCCAGAUUCAGAGGUUGCUGAAGCUGGACGAUGCCUAGAGGUAUUCUUUGAGGGCAAACUGAAGGAGAUUUAUCCAGAUAGGUAUUUUCCUUCAAUGCAACAUGAAGACUCUGAUUCUGAAGAAGUGGAGAGUCAGAAUACCAAAAUGUCGCCCCAAGAUUUUCAGUGGCCAUCAUAUGGACAAGAAUGCAUUCAGCCUAAAAGGAGACGGCGCCAUGCUGAAAGUGACAAAACUAAGAGAAUGAUGUUUCAGCCAGCUAACAGCCUUCCUCAU